AUGGGUUUACGAAACAUCCUCCGCAAGAAGGACAACGCCGACAACGACAACGACAACGACAACGACAACGACAACGACAACGACGUCGACGUCGACGUCGACGCCUCCACUGUCACCCCGACCAUCAACGCGCCUCCCCAGUUCAAAUUCACCCGCUCCGACACGCACGCGCAAGAAGACCCCAUCCAACCGUCAUCAGACCGCCAGUACGCCGCCUACCGACCCCCCUCCCACCACCACCACCAUCGCCCCCACCAACAUCAACACCACCACCCCGGCUUCCUCACCGCAUCAGGAGACCCCGGCUCGUCCCACCGCUCGCGCAGCGCCUCCCUAUCCUCGCAAGCCUCGCAAGCCAGCGCCACCAGCACCAGCUCCCGCUCCCGCCGCCGCCUCUCCGAACGCCUGCACCUCUCCCGCGCGCCCUCCUCGUCUGAACACGUCCCGCAGAACCUCCCCGACAUCGCGCCGGGCGACGGGCCCGACCGCGAGCGCCAGUGGGAGCACCGCGCCACCAUGCUCGCCUCCGCGGCGGAGAUGGCGCGGAACGGGCCGGCUAGCCCGCCGCCGACAGGGGGGCGGGAGGCGACGACGACGAGGGGGCGGAGUGUGAGUGCUUUUGCCUCGUCGCCGUCGCCGUCGCCGGUGCCGGUGCCGGGACUGAGUAGACCUGGGAGGGGUCCGACGCCCGGGCCCGUCUCGUCGAAGGAUAUCGACGAGGAUAUUCAGGAGGCGAUACGGCUGCACGAGGAGGGGGACUUGGCGAGGUCGACGGCGCUGUUUCGGCGGCUGGCGGAUCCGAAGGGGGCGAAUAAUCCGUUGAGUCAGGUUCUGUAUGGUCUAGCUUUGAGACACGGCUGGGGUUGUCAGCCCGAUGUGACCACGGCUGUUCGAUACCUCACCGCGGCGGCAUCCAACGCGGCAGCCGUCGAGGAGAUGGCGCUGCAGGCCGGUCUCAAGAAAGGCGGCGCCGCCAAAGGGGAGCUCGUCCUCGCCAUCUUCGAGCUGGGCAACUCGUUCAGGCACGGCUGGGGUACCAACAAAGAUCCCAUCGCUGCAAAACAGUACUAUGAGACGGCCGCGAAUCUUGGAGAUACCGAUGCCAUGAACGAGACGGCAUGGUGCUAUCUCGAGGGGUUCGGUUGUAAGAAAGACAAGUAUGCAGCAGCUCGCUACUAUCGUAUGGCAGAGAAGAACGGGCAUAAAACGUUGGGUAACUCUUGGAUCUGGAAAGAAAAGUACGACCCCCCCGAGGAGGGUGGUGGCGGGAAGAAGAAAAAGUAG